CCAUAUCCGUCUUUUCACCUAUUUUCCUAUUUUUCUCCAUUAUUAUGCCUAUAAUAUUCCCGUCCCCUCCUCUGACUGGAGCUUCCCAAAAAAAUCUCGAUUCUUUCGAAUUUUUGCCAAAGUUUUUUAAUAUAAGCUCUAAGGAUUAAGAAAACACAACAAUGGGAGCAACGAAAAAGAUCUGGACAGCCAUGGACGUCGCAGCAAGCCAAGCUAAACAAAGCAACAACAACAACAACAACAACAACUCAACCGUUGACGAUUCAAUUCCUUACUCUCCUCGCUCCAUCGAUACCGCUCUUUCUUUUCCCGUCAUGGUCCCUCGCGUCAUCGAGUUGUGUAAGGAUCUCUUUGGGAAAUGGGUGAAGUUGGACGAUUCUUGCUUCUCCGUCAAGACUGUAUCUGGCGGCAUCACGAAUCUUCUGCUCAAGGUUUCUGUAAAGGAAGAAAAUGGAGAUGAGGUGGCUGUAACAGUUAGAUUAUAUGGACCUAACACAGAAUAUGUCAUCAAUCGCCAACGGGAGUUACUGGCGAUCAAAUACCUAUCGGCUGCAGGAUUUGGUGCCAAGUUGCUUGGAGUUUUUGGAAAUGGCAUGGUGCAAUCUUUUAUAAAUGCGCGUACCUUAACUCCAUCAGACAUGAGAAAGCCAAAGCUGGUUGCAGAAAUUGCAAAGCAACUUCAUAGAUUCCAUGAGGUGGAAAUUCCAGGUUCUAAAGAACCUCAGCUAUGGGUUGACAUCUUCAAGUUUUUUGAGAAAGCAUCUGCUCUCCGGUUUGAAAAUAUUGAUAAACAGAAGAUAUAUGAGGCAAUUUCAUUUAAGGAAGUACAUAGGGAAGUUACACAGCUGAAGGAAUUGACAGGCCUUCUUAAUGCUCCAGUGGUGUUUGCUCACAAUGAUUUACUUUCUGGAAAUUUGAUGCUUAAUGAUGAACAUGAUAAGCUCUACUUCAUAGAUUUCGAGUAUGGAUCAUACAAUUACAGAGGCUUUGACAUUGGAAAUCACUUCAAUGAAUAUGCAGGCUAUGACUGUGACUAUAGCUUGUAUCCUAGUAAAGAUGAACAAUAUCAUUUUUUCAGGCAUUAUUUACUACCUGAAAAACCAUAUGAGGUAUCAGAAAAUGAUCUUGAAGCUCUCUAUGUCGAGACAAACACAUUCAUGUUAGCUUCACAUUUGUAUUGGGCUUUAUGGGCCCUAAUCCAGGCAAGGAUGUCUCCCAUCGAUUUUGAUUAUCUUGGUUAUUUCUUCUUGAGGUAUAAUGAAUACCAGAGGCAGAAGAAGAUGUGCUUCUCACUUGCACAAUCUCAUUUAUCAAGAUCUGGAACAGCAUAAGAUUGCAAGUGCACGCCCGAAUAGCAAAAUCCUGUAUGUUACGGAUUUAUAGGGAUAGCAUUUUGAUUCCUUUUAUUGGUAUUUUUGUAAAAUAUUCUUUUAUAUCCAUUUAUGAGAAACAAAGUUUAAAAUCAAAGAUUGAAAAAAAUAAAGCAAUUUCUGGGUCACCCUGAUUUAGC